AUGGUUGGAAUAUUAAUUAUCAUUCCUUUGUUUGGUAAUUUUAUUGUUACCAUAAUUUUAUUAAUAUAUAUAUUAAUAGAAACCAAGAAAUUUAAAUUUUACAGUAAUUUUUGCAUAUAAAUAAUGAUAGAGGUUGUUAUAUUUGAAAUUCUCGUUAUCCUGUCUUUUGGUAUUAUUUAUGUACCAGCAUUGAUUAGUUUAGUGAUUUUACUCCCAUACACAUUCUUAUUAAUAAAUGUAUUAAAAUAAAUUCAAUUUGGAAGGGUAUAAAUUGUAUUAAUAAUUAGUUUAAUUUAAAUAAAGAUUAAGUACUAAGUGGAACAAUGGCUGCCUACUAUGGCAUUUUUAUACCUUUUAAUUUAUUUGAUUGA